UUUGAGCUGCCACUAGCCCUCUUCUUGUUCUCUCUACUCUCUUCUCAUUUCUUCUUCACAAAACCAAAACCAAAACCAAAACCAUUUCUUUCUCUUUGUUGGUCAACUCUAAGCUCCACAAUCUCUCUCUCUCUCUCUCCCUCUCCUCUAUUUUCCAUACAAACCAAAUAGAGAUACUUUGUAUACUACAAAACACACACAUACACGAAUUCAAAUCAUUUUUUUCUUUAUUUUUUAACAAAAAAAAAAUCAAAAACAAACAUACACGAAUAUAUUCAUAAUUUUGUUUCAACUAUUUUAGUUUACUAUUCUGGAAAUUUUUUUCCAAGCUUUCUGAUAAUUACUUGGGAGAUAAGAUAAGAUAAGAGAAGAUGGCUGCUCCUCAAUUUCCAAAUGUUAAAAAACAAGGAGAGAAGAAAGAAGCUCUCAGAGUUGAUGAUAGCUUUCGAUUGGAAUCCAAUCAUUAUUCCCCUACCAAGCUGGAUAUUUCCAAGGAAGGAAGUCCUUCUGAGUCUUCUAUAACACCUUCUCUGAUGGAUUCUGUGGCUUCUGCCAAAGAAAAUCACGCCCAUAAUCAUUCUCAGGCUGCUUAUCCAAGCACCACCUCGUAUGGUUACUACUAUCCAGCAGGUUACAAUGGCUCUCUUGGAGAUUUUUACAACCAAGGAUACUACAUUGCCGGGAAUGCAAUGGAGCAACAAUACCCUGUUGUGCAAGCAGAUAGUGGAUCCUUUGUCUACAUGAUGCCCGGGCUCUAUCCUGGAUACGAUUCUUAUACACCUUACAUGCCUGUUAGUACUAUCACUGUUGAUGGACAAUAUGUUGGUCAAGAGGUUUACCCACCAAGUCCCAUGUUUCAGUCUCCCAUUCCUUCACCUGAGUAUGGUGCAACUCUCUCUCAUGGGGAUCUAGUGCAGGCACCCUACCUUUGGAGCUCAUCUCUUGUUGGUGAUGGAACUUAUGAAAAUGGAUAUGUUGGAUUGUUGGAAAUUCCAGCUUCCAAAACAGAUUUCUCCGUUCCAGUUGUUUCCAUGGCCCAACCACCUAAGUCUUCUAAACUUUCAGGCUCUGUCAAUCGUUCUUCAGAUGCUAUAUCAGGUCAAACCAAGAAGCUAAAGCCAUUGAACAAGGCCUCAUCUCAUACCCCAAGUUUCCACUCAGAUUUACCCGCCCAAGGUUAUUAUACAGUUGCAAAAUUUCCUGUCUAUGGUCCAGGAAAGAGUGGCUUGCUCUACUCAAACAACUCGGUUAAUUUGAAACCAAAUGUAAAGGGAUGGGGAGGCAGUGAAAAGUUAAAAGCAAGAAGCAAGGUUAACAGUGUUAGUCAUGUUACUUUACUCGAUGACAAGAAUCGUGAUACAGUUCAUGCAAAAAGUGCAUUGAGGUCUGGAGGGAAUGCUUCUCAGUCCUUGGCUACUGAUGAGGUUGGAAAUGGCGCCAGCAUAACUUCUCCAAUCAGGAGAGAUGAAUAUAAUCUUCCGGAGUUUUCAACCAAAUAUGAUCAUGCAUACUUCUUUGUAAUUAAAUCGUACAGUGAAGAUGAUAUUCAUAAGAGCAUCAAGUACAAUGUUUGGGCUAGCACACCCAAUGGGAAUAAGAGACUGAAUAGUGCAUAUCAAGAAGCACAAGAGAGGAUGACAGAUAAAGGGAGCAAGUGUCCUGUGUUCCUUUUCUUUUCAGUAAAUGCUAGUGGGCAGUUCUGUGGGGUAGCUGAAAUGACUGGACCAGUGGAUUUUAAUAAGAGUAUGGAUUUCUGGCAACAGAGCAAGUGGAGUGGUUAUUUUCCGGUCAAGUGGCAUAUCAUUAAGGAUGUUCCAAAUGCACAAUUGCGGCACAUAAUACUUGAGAAUAAUGAGAACAAGCCCGUAACGAAUAGUAGAGACACUCAGGAGGUGAAAUUCCAUCAAGGUAUCGAAAUCUUAAAUAUUCUAAAAAAUUAUGCUUUAAACACUUCCAUAUUGGACGACUUCGAUUUUUACGAAAACCGUCAGAAAAUUAUGCAAGAGAAAAGGGUCAGGCAAUCUGUGCCUAAUCAUGAUCUGCAGCCGAAGGUGGAAGAUUUAACUGCCAGUUUUCAGGCUGUAAAUGUAUCUUCUGCAAAAGACACCUGAGGGACUUCAUGCAGAGGCAGAGUGGAGGUAGAGAAAUGGAAAUGAAGUAUCCCAGAAGAUAAGCAGCCUCAUUGGUCAGCUUGUAAUAUUUGGUGAUGAUGCUCCUGAAAAAAUAAAAAUUAUUAAAAUGAAAAUCUCAAAUAUGAAAACCAGAUAGAAAAAGGGUUCACAUAGUGGGUAUGGGGGGCUGGAACUAUAGCUUUUGGUUGCAGCCAAUGAUUGAUAUGGCAAAUGGAGAUUUGUCACAGAAUAUGAAUGUUUUUCUUUUCCUUCUCUCUUUUGUUGAUUUCCCCUUCACAUGAUUUGUAGUUAUUGUUUCCUUGAUUCUGCACCCCCCCAACACCUUCACACAUACCUGUCUUCAGGGUACAAAUGUAAUUUUAGUACAAGCAAACGGGUGGUCAGUGGGUGGUGGUUGGCUUAUACUAUAAUGUUUCAACAAUAUCAAUAAUGAAGAAUAAGCAGUUUCCUUU